GACCAAUGACCGCCGAUAAGGAGCCGAGCCUAUAAAUACUCGCUCCCGUCGUUAUUUUAGUGCCUCUCUCCUUUCAUUUCGCGACCGUUCUCUGCGACGGAGUUCUCCUGCGGAGAUCAGGUUCGAGUUCGAGGGGACGGAUCUAUCGUUAGGGUUUUGGGGAGCUCCAUGAGUGUUCUUGUGGUGGGGGCGGAUCUUUGGGUCGUUUGACGGGUUCUUGCGUUGGUUUCUCGCCUUCUUGGACGGCGAUGCUGGUGCCUUCGGCUCUGCCGCGUGUUUCUAGAUCGGUUUCGGCAGCUAGGUUUUCGGUUUCUGGGGUUGGAUCAUCGCCGGCUUUGAGUUCGCGGUCUUGCACUUCGUUGGAUUCUUCGGUUCGGUCGAGCCUUCGCCGUUGUCCGUGUGGGAUCUACACGUCGAGGACGAAGGCCGUGGUGGAGGCGGUGGAGAGCAAGGCUUCGGCGAGGGAAUGGAGGAGCGCCGUGAAGAGGGCUGUUCUUGCGUCGGAUACAGGGGCAGAGGAGGAGGUCGGGCAUUCCCGGUCUUUUCUCCGGGCUCGGAGCGAAGAAGAGCUGCUUUCCUAUAUUAGAAAGGAAGUGGAAACUGGAAGACUUUCUUCAGAUAUUGCUAAUGGGCUGGAGGAACUCUAUUAUAACUACCGGAAUGCGGUUUUGCAAAGUGGAGAUCCUAGAGCAAACAAGAUCAUAUUAUCCAAUAUGGCUGUUGCAUUUGAUCGAAUUUUGUUGGAUGUAGAGGAUCCCUUUACCUUUUCACCUCAUCACCAAGCAAUUCGAGAACCUUUUGACUACUAUAUGUUUGGUCAAAAUUAUAUCCGGCCGUUGAUAGAUUUCAGAAGAUCAUACAUUGGCAACAUCUCCAUUUUCUCUGACAUGGAAGAGAAGCUUCAGCAGGGCCAUAAUAUUGUUUUGAUGUCCAACCAUCAGACAGAAGCAGAUCCGGCAAUCAUUGCGUUAUUGCUUGAGAGAACAAAUUCACAUAUUGCUGAGACUAUGGUUUUUGUUGCAGGAGAUAGAGUUCUUACAGAUCCACUUUGCAAGCCCUUCAGCAUGGGAAGAAAUCUUCUGUGUGUUUAUUCAAAAAAGCACAUGGAUGAUGUUCCUGAGCUCAUUGAGAUGAAAAGAAGAGCAAAUACCCGGAGCCUCAAGGAAAUGGCUCUGCUUCUAAGGGGUGGAUCGCAAAUAAUAUGGAUUGCACCAAGUGGUGGCAGGGAUCGUCCAGAUCCAAGCACCGGGGAGUGGCAUCCUGCACCCUUUGAUGUGUCUUCGGUGGACAACAUGAGAAGGCUUGUGGAGCAUUCUAGUGUUCCAGGGCAUAUAUAUCCGCUAUCAUUGCUAUGUUAUGAAGUCAUGCCUCCACCACAACAGGUAGAGAAGCAAAUUGGUGAGCGAAGAACAAUUUCCUUCCACGGAGUUGGCUUAUCGGUGGCUCCAGAAUUGAACUUUAAUGAACUUACUGCUGGUUGUGAGACUCCUGAAGAGGCUAAAGAGGCUUUUUCACAGGCUCUCUAUAAUUCAGUGGGUGAGCAAUACAAUGUGCUUAAGUCUGCUAUAUAUGAACAUCGAGGACUAAAUGCAUCAAACUCCAUCAUCUCACUUUCUCAACCAUGGCAAUAAUCUUCUAUUUCGUAGAGGAUGUAAUGGUAUUUUGCAAUCUGAGUAUUCCAGCAAGACAUCAGUACUGUUGCACCAGCUGGUGAAAAGGUCAUGUGAGAUUCUAUGCGAUGCAUGAUGGGCCAACCUCUUGAUGUUUUGCUGUAAUUGGCUCCUUUCAUGGCAAGUAGCUCUCAUGCACUGUUACUGUAUUUACAUUUUUUUUUAAGGGCAUACUGGAGAUGGAAUAUGCCUUGAAUCUCAAAUUCUGAUGCUCUGUAUCAAAAAUAGACAAGUCAUGUUCUUCAUUUACAAAUUUAUUUUUCUAAUGUCAAUUAUCCACUAUGUGCACAUCAUUUAUUUUUCUAAUAUCAUAUACACUUUGUGUAUAUGAUAUUCUCUCCGUAA